AUGACAAGUUUUCUGAACAAUGCGACUUCCUCCUUAUUCAGCCUUCCACUCACUAUUUACAUCCUGGUGUCCAUAGCCGCCAUUCCACCCAUUUUAUGGUUAUACAACUUCGCUACAAAACAACGACCUCUUCCAGGAAUCCCUAUCGUUGCUCUAGAUGGCCUGACGCCCCAGGAAAGCUGGUAUACCAAGCCACGAGAGUUACUCAGUCAAGGCAGGAAACUGUACCCCGAUCGGCCUUUUCAGGUUCUGAGCUAUAGUACCCCAAAGCUUGUCCUCCCGCAACGAUAUCUUGAAGAGGUCCGCGACUCCCCGCUUGCAGCCUUCGUCCCUUAUAUUGCGAACGACAUGCCUUGUGGACUUUCCGGGUUUGAUGGUUUUACGGCAAUCCGUGAUCACCAAUCGCUCAUUCCAGACGUCCUUCGUGUUAAACUUACCCAGUCCCUAGGGCUUAUCACUGAGAGCCUGGCGGAAGAAGUACUCCUAGUCACUGAGGACCUUUUUGGCAAAAUUGCCGCGGGGAAGUGGCACAAUGUUACAUUGCUGCCUGAAGCAACGAAGCUAAUUGGUCGCUUAACUGCUCGCACGAUGCUCGGCGAAGAAAUGGCCCAUAACCCUGAAUAUGUCGAUCUUACGCUAAAAUACACUAGCGUUGCUGUUCCAGCAGCUAUGCAGCUUCGUGGUUGGCCUCAUUUCCUGCGGCCAAUCGUACAGUACUUUAAUCCAAUGUGCAAGAAGACUAGAUACCAAGCUCGAAGAGCACGUCAAUUGGUUACCAAGGAGGUUGAACGUCGAGGAAAGUCCGCAAGAGCUGCUAUUGCAGCUGGCCACAAAGUCCCCAGGACCCAUGACUCAAUAGCGUGGCUCCUCGAUCAAAAUAAGAACGAAAAUAAGCUUGAUCUUGUUGGCUUCCAAUUAGCUAUAUCCAUGGUUGCUAUCCACAACACGGGCGGCCACCUGUUUACAGCUCUCUGGUAUAUUAUCACGUAUCCUAAAUACAUCCAACUUCUCCGAGAAGAAGCAAUCACAGUGCUUAAGGAGUAUGGCUGGACAAGGCAAGCCUUGGCUCGUCUCACAUUACAGGAUGCUGUGCAUAAAGAGUGCUUAAGAAUCCUCCGGAGCAACAUUUCGACUGUACGCCGACAAGUCGUCAAAGGAGAGUUGAAGUUCUCAGAUGGCUUUACUAUUCCAAAAGGUCGGAGCUUCAUCGUUAUCCCUCCCGCUGAUUACAAAGGUGAGGAUGAGGAGUUCUAUCCAGAGCGCUGGGUCGAGAAGCGAGCAGGAGAAGGACAAGCGAACAAAUAUUCCUUGGUCACUGCCAAUAUCGAAAAUCAGGAGUUCGGAAUCGGCAAGCAUGCUUGUCCAGGCCGAUGGUUUGCCAACGAUGAAAUGAAAAUCGCGCUCUGUAUCCUCUUGCUGCGCUACGACUGGAAGGCUCCACCCGACAUGCCAAAGCCACUUUUUACUGCGUGCGAGGACCUGCCUUCGAUGCACAGCACGCUCCAAGUCCAAAUGACCCCUCGAGAGCCAGAAAUUGACCUUGCAUGCCCGAAGAUUUGA